GGAGGAAGUCCCUCUAUCCCUCUGUCCACUGACUCUCCAUCCAGCAGCGUCUUUGUGUCCCAGUGCCUGAUUUUAGGUUUUGAUCCUUGAGGAUUUGUGAUGUCAGGAGCAAAAUGUGAACUUCAGGGAGACAUCUUUUGGCUGUGUGUGUGUGUGUGUGUUUGUGUUAGUUCUGCUUUGGGAAACACCAAACAAGGAUUGAGCUUGUGAAGUCUUCCAGGACAUCCCAAUUCUCCUGGUGAUCUAAGAGAGGCAGCACGGAGGGCAGAAGUGGACGAUGGAAGGAGCAGAACUGGGAUCAAGAGGUGAAGAGAGGGAGGUGUAGGAAUAUGGCAGGACUCUGUUUUGACUCCUGGUGCGAAGAGGUGACCUUUGAUUUUGAAGAGAAACACUUUCUAGACUCGUUGGUUGGCCAGAACAACCUGCUCAGCUGACAUCGACUCAUCUGACGCUUCUUAUUCAGUCUGUUUGACGACAUGACACAUGUGCAACAACCGCUGGACUAAUGCAAAUGGCAGCAGCUGCAGGGAUGAAGUGCUGGAAUGCCGGGAAUGCCACUAAAUGGGAUAAAAGUUGGCCACAGAGAGGGAGGCUGAUGAUGCUGAUGUGGAUUAUCCUCUCCGGCUCGCUGUGCCUGACGGUCGACGGUCAGAUGAAGAUCCCACCAGAGACGGUGCAGCGGUGGGCAGUGUCCUUUGGUAAAGAGAUCGCUGCUCUGUCUGCCAGGUACUCUGGAGCUAAACUGCUACAGAAGAAAUACAAGGAUAUCGAGGGUGUGGUGAAGCUGGAGGAAGUGGAUGGAGAGGAGCUGGUGAAAAAGUUUGCAGAGGAGAUGGAGGAGAUGCUUGGCAGGAAGAUGAAAUCCGUGAAGAGGUUAGCAGAGGCAGCAGAGGAUGCAGAUUUGUACCACGAUUACAAUGAGACACUGGAGUUUGACUAUUAUAACUCCAUGCUUAUCAACUCGUUGGAUGUGGAUGGGAACUCUGUGCCGCUGGGAGGAGAAUUCCCUCUGGAGGCAAAUGAGCACUUCAAUUCACUUCGAGUCAACACGCAACUGAGCAACAUACAAGUCCCCACUAAUGUCUACAACAGAGAUCCAGACAUUAUCAAUGGAGUCUACAUGUCUGAAGCUCUGAAUGACGUCUUCAUCGAUAACUUCCAGAAAGAUCCGACGCUCACGUGGCAGUACUUUGGCAGCUCCACCGGCUUCUUCAGGCUGUACCCAGGGAUCCAGUGGACUCCGGAUGAAAAUGGUGUGGUCACUUUUGAUUGCAGAAACAGAAAUUGGUAUAUCCAGGCAGCCACAUCUCCUAAAGAUGUGGUGAUUGUGGUGGACGUCAGCGGCAGCAUGAAGGGACUCAGAAUGACCAUAGCCAAACACACCAUCAAUACGAUCCUGGAUACACUGGGAGAAAAUGACUUUGUCAACAUUAUAGCAUACAGUGACUAUGUUCGCUAUGUUGAACCCUGCUUCAAGGGCACACUGGUUCAAGCUGAUUUGGAUAACAGAGAGCAUUUCAAGCUUCUAGUUGAAGAACUCCAUGUCAAAGGAGAAGGCAAAGUGAAAAAUGCACUGAAGGAAUCUUUCAAGAUCCUGAAUGAGGCUGCUGCACUGGGCCAGGGCAGCCUGUGUAACCAGGCCAUCAUGCUGGUUACAGACGGCGCAAUGGAGGACUUCCAGGAUGUUUUUGAAGCGUUAAACUGGCCAGAACGAAGGGUCAGAGUGUUCACCUAUCUAAUUGGACGAGAGAUGACAUUUGCAGAAAAUGUUAAAUGGAUUGCCUGCAACAACAAAGGCUACUACACACACGUCUCCACGCUGGCCGAUGUGCAGGAAAAUGUUAUGGAGUACCUCCAUGUUCUAAGCAGGCCUAUGGUCAUCAACCAUGAUCAUGACAUCAUAUGGACUGAGGCCUACAUGGACAGUGUGCUGUUCAACACUCAGGCCGAAAGCCUACUCCUGAUGACCUCAGUGGCCAUGCCUGUCUUCAGCAAGAAGAAAGAGACUCUGUCUCAUGGUAUUCUGCUGGGAGUGGUGGGAACUGAUGUGGCCCUGAGAGAACUGAUGAGAUUAGCUCCAAGAUACAAGUUGGGCGCCCAUGGUUAUGUGUACCUUAUCACCAACAAUGGCUACAUCCUGUCUCAUCCUGACCUGAGACCUCUGUAUAAGGAGGGGAAGAAGCUAAAGGCAAAACCCAACUAUAACAGUGUUGAUCUGUCUGAGGUGGAAUGGGAAGACACCGAGGAGAAACUGAGGACAGCCAUGGUUAAAGGAGAAACUGGAACUCUAUCUUUAGAUGUCAGAGCUACUGUGGAUAAAGGAACAAGAGCGAUGUUCCUGAAGAAUGAUUACUUCCACACUGUCAUCAACGAGACACCAUUUAGUCUGGGCAUAGUGUUAACUCAAGGAUAUGGACAAUAUAUCUUCAUAGGAAAUGUCUCGGUUGAAGAAGGUCUUCAUGAUUUAUUGACUCCUGAUCUGACCAUAGCCAAUGAAUGGACGUAUUGUGAGACAGACAUUGACCCAGCCCAUCGCAAGCUGAGCCAGCUCGAAGCUGUAGUGCAAUACCUCACUGGUAAAGAAUUAGAACUUGAGUGUGAUAUGCAGUUGCUGCAACAAACUCUGUUUGAUGCUGUGGUCACAGCUCCAAUGGAAGCUUACUGGACUGCCCUGAUGCUCAACACUUCUGGUAUGGACGACGGGGUUGAAACAGUGUUCUUGGGCACUCGUUCAGGCCUGUUGAGAUUGCAGCGGUACGCUGGUACUGAGAAAAGAGUUGCCAAGUCUUUCCUGACCUCCGCAGACAAGGAGAAUAUGUUCACCCUGGAUCAUUUCCCAGUAUGGUACCGCAGAGCAGCAGAGUACCCAGCUGGACAGUUUCUAUACUACAUGCCAAGACGAGAAACUAGAGAUGUGUUUAAGGACUAUGACUUUAGCACCACCUUGAGUGCAAAGGAGGUGGAGCAACAAAUGGAGGAGGGUGGGAGAAAACGAAGGAAAGCAGUGGAGGAAAUGGAGGAAGAGGAGGCGGGGAGGAUUGUGAUCACUACCACUGCUGUCACUGUGACGGUUGGCAAGAAAACCGCCAUAGCUGGAGCCAUUGGUGUCCAGAUGACUCUAGAAGUGUUGGAGUCCAGAUUCUGGGCCAUCACGACACAGCCAAAUGACACAGAUUGCUCCGACGUUGAAGGGAUCUGUCCUCUUCGCUGUGGCAGUGUUGAUAUUGAGUGCUAUGUGAUUGACAAUAAUGGCUUUGUCCUGAUUUCUAAACAACGGAACGACGCCGGGAGGUUCUUUGGAGAAAUCGAUGGAUCGGUGAUGACCACGCUGAUCAGAAUGGGCAUGUUCAAAAGGGUUUCCUUGUUCGACUACCAGGCCAUGUGCAAGAUGAACUCACACUCAGUCAGCAGUGCCCGUCCGCUCCUCAGUCCGUUCUAUGGUUUGGCUUCAGCCCUCAAGUGGUUCCUCUCCAACUUCCUACUGUUUCUUCUGGAGUUUAAUAUCUGUGGCUUCUGGCACACAGAGCAUUUUGCUGAUGCAAAGACAUCUUUCAGCGUGUCCUCAGCUCAUAAGAAAAAGGGGGACAUCUUACAGCCGUGUGACACCGAGUACCCCAGCUUCGUUCAUGAGCCGUCGGUCAAAGAGACCAACAGCAUUAUUAAGUGUGGACGAUGCCAGAAGAUGUUUGUGGUGCAACAGAUACCAGAGAGCAACCUACUCAUGCUGGUGGUUCAGGCAGACUGUGACUGUUCCAGACAGUACGGGCCGAUCACCAUGGAGCCCAAGGAAGUCAAAUAUAACGCAUCAGUAAAGUGUGACAGAAUGAGGUCGCAGAAGAUUCGCAGGCGACCUGAGUCCUGCCACGCCUACCACCCACAGGAGAACGCCUAUGACUGUGGACGGGCGUCUUUCAUAUCUCUCUCAGUCUCGCUCUUCUUUAUCUGUCUUUCCUUCUCAGCUAUUGUCUCUUGAUGCUGGACAUCUUCAUCCAUUGUCAUACAAAGAAGGAGAUUUUAAUAACUCAAGAAAUGUGCUUGGAUCCUUGACACCUCAAGUGCAUCUUUUAAAUCUGUACCCAACUCUGGACAAGUUGCUCUUGGCGGCCACAUGUCUCGUGUGGUCUCUCCCAGUGGACAUUUGAGGAAAUGUAUGAGAAUUUGGAGCUAAUUCCCGGGAAACCCUUUUAUCUGAAACAAGUGGAUGGGCGUUUUUUCCAUUAGUUACUUUAUCACGUGCCACUUUGCAUCUCCAAAUGAAAGGGACUGAAGAGAUGCAGGUGGUGACUAUGACGGGCUUUGAAAAAAAGAGGAUUAUGAGUCACAGCAGCAUAACAACAUCCCAGGGGGGAAAAAUGCAUCUCUCAUUUCCCACAUCACACUGACUUGUGUGUUGCAGAUACGCAUGCAUAUUAUAUAUGCAGCUGCAAGCAUGCGCACCUCCAGACUGCCCACAUCCAACAUUUAUCACCCACACUGCUUUAUUUACUGAAUUUAUUUUUGUAAAUAAAAAUGUGUAUAAUAGAUACAGAGACAAGGGCUACAGAAAUAUGAGGAGAAAACGAUGUUGUGGAACCACGUUUUCACAUGGUUGUUUACAAUUUUAAAGGAUACGGUUUAUAGCUCAGUGCCUAGAAAGUGGUCACAUGAAAAAAACAAAAAGGUUGAUACAAAAAUGUUCAUCAGCUCCUUGGGGAACUCACUCAUUUUCUUCUGCUUUAUCCUUCACAUGAGGGUUGCCAAUCCAAGCUGACAUAGGGCAAAAGGCGAGGUACACCCUGGACAGGUCGCCAGUCCACUACAUACCUACAGUCAAUUUAGUGUGUCCAGUGCAGAAAGGUUGGGAACCCGGGUCUUGUUGCUGCAAAGGCAAGAGUGCUAACCACGAAACCAUGACAACAACAAUAUUAGUUUCUUUAAAAUAUGUCUGUCUGCCUUUCUGUCUUCAUCGCCUGUGUCUUUCUCUGUGUUAAAUUUGUACAUACUGUUGGAAACCUGGACUCCUGCAUAAAUGUGUCAGUCUGCAACCAGCAUGGACAACAUAUUAGUGGAAUUAAGUUCAAAUUGCUUCUGUUGUUUUUUUUUAUGUGUAUGUAUGGUGGGGGAGUGUUAAAACAAUUGCACAUAUAUGGUGUCAAUGUGCAUGUGUUCAAUAUGAAGGAUCGUCUGCAAUUUUACAAAAUGAUAGUUUUUUGAGGAGUAAAAACAUCUGCAUCUGCUACUUCAAAUACUGCAUUACUUCAAAUGCACAGGGUAUUUUUGUACACAUCUGUCUGUCUUUCGUUUCAUAUAAUUGUAUUUUGGACUGCGAGCGUCCCUGUAGCUUUUUCUGUAAUAUUUUGUCAUCAUCUUACGACGCAUGUCUUUGAGUUGAACUCAUUUUGUCCACGAAAUUGCCUCAGAUUUUGCAUCUUAAAGUUAUAGAAUCAAAAACAUUGUGUGAGUGCAGGGAUUCUGGGAUUAUGACAACAGCUCUUUUGUUUUGUAUUUUAUGUGUUUGUGUGUAAUUCCAUAAUACACUCUCCUGUGGUUGAUAUGUCCACAUUGUGUGAUGAUUGACUGAAGCCAUGUUUUGAACAGAAUAAAUGAAAUAUCCCAGUU